AUCGUUGUGUUUCAGUCGAGAGUCAAAAACAUAUUUUUACAUUUGCCAUGUCUGUGAGGAAAAGUUUCUAUCAAUGAGGAUUUUAUCGCACCUCACUUCAAUGGACCACCACAGAAACAACUUUAGCUACAUAAACCCCAACGCACUGAGUUUCUCCUGGAUGCCUGAAAAUCCAAAUAAAUACUUCCUGAGGUCUGAGUUGAGAGAGAGUGAAAACGAUGAGGAAAGCACGACUGGAGACCUACAGCUGUUGGAAUUGCCUGGAGAACUGUUUAAACAAGUGGAAAAAAGCAAUUACUCAGAGGUGGCUCGCACACUCAGUGAAAUUGAGAAGCUUCCCAAGAUGCAUCAAGUUUUCAAGAAAGAGAGGAUGACAAUACAAACAUACCUAAAAGACAGCAAAAGAGAACAUCCACUUCUUGGCAUGCAGCACCUGAUUGAGUGCAUUUGUGUCGGGCAAUCGGAGAAGAGAUACUACCUCUGCACGCUCUGCAACAUAACUUUGACCCCCCAAGGGAUCAUCAAACACGUCCUGAGCUUUGACCACGUCUUUUCUUACUUUAAAGCGUGGCACCCUUCAACUUUGUCGUCGAAGGCUUAUUUCAACACUUACACAAAAGACUUUGGCUCCCUGAUGCUUAAUUUUGCAAAGCAAACAGAGGAAAUUCAUGGUACUGCAAACAUGGAUAUAAAGCAAGUGAUCCUGGAGCCUGCCAAAUUCUCAUCAGUUAAUUUCACCUCUUAUACAGAAGCUUUAAAGGAGUUGGAAUCGAUCACAAAGGAAAACAAUGGGAGCAGCUUGAUGACGAUUGUCAAACCAGGGAAGAAGCUGGGGUACAACAUCACGCCAUUUCACCUUCAAUUCACGGUUUUUGAUAUACCACACUGGAUAUUUGAGGGCCUCGACCAGCUAAAUUACGUACAAGUGAUGGAGAGACUUAGUCUGUAUCACACUGUCUUAAGGAUCGACGUUCCUGAGCGUGAAACAUACAGCAAACUCAAACAAAACGAGAUCUUUCCUCAGCUCGGCAGUCACUUCCUGGUCAUUUACCCCAGCUGUACCAAAGAGGUUCCUCUCACAAGAAAGGGAUAUGUGUGUCUGCUUUGUGAGAGGAGGUUGUUCGGUGAUGAAUGUUACGCUCAUGUGUUCAGUUUUGACCAUGUGGAAACAUUUCUAGAGAGUUUCCAUCCAGGCUCCACGGAUUCGAGCACUGAUGCAGAGACGUUGAUGGACUUGGCAAAACAGGCGGGGCGCAUUCACCCCAUAUCAUGUGUACAGGUUAUAUGUAUGGAGAGGCCAAUCUGGGAUUCGUGCUCUUACUCUACCACAUUAAAACUCCUGGCAGGUAGAAAGUGGACCGUUUGUCAAGCAGUGCUUACAGCCCCAAUUAUACCUGGAAAGAAGCUGAUCCCCAGAGAAUCUCUGAAAGCUGUGGCCACAAAACAAGUGACAGACAGCAGCCAGAAGAAUGGAAGGAUGAUGGGGUGUUGUGAGAACACAACAAGUGAAAAGUCUACAGACCAGAAUGAGAUGACCCUGAAAACGAUCCCAGUAGAAGUUGGUUCUGAAAUCACCAAUACACUAUUUGCAAAAAAUGGACAAAGUGUGGAAAAGGGAAACAAGGACAUUCCUACACCAAGUGAAAAAGAAUCAAAGAAGAGAAAAGUGUUUUCAAGAGAUGAUUUGGAGGAGAUAAAGACUGACGGUAGUGAGACAUGCCAGAAACCAAGUAGGGAGACUCCAGAAACCUGCAAAAAAACAGACAAAAAUGAUGAAACGGAGAGGGUAAAAGAGAGGAACAAAAGUGGCAAAGAAAUCCUGAAACGGAAGAGGAUAAUCUCACAGGAGGAUCCUUGUCCUGUUCAGGAUGUGAAGCAAGUAAAGAAACAGAAAAAAGGAAUCCUCUCCUCCAAAAAAGACUCGUCAGAAUCUCAAAUGCAGGUUACUGCCACAAACCGGGGAGAAAGUGGCAAACCAGGGUCUUCAAACGUGAACUGCCAACAAAAAAAACAGCUGUGGCAGUUUCUCAAAAAGAAGACUCGACACACUGUGAUUGGCCUGAGUGGACUUGUUGAACUCCAAUGUGAUGAGCGUGACCCCAUCUACCUGUGUGACUGCUGCUCUCUGAAGAUCCCCGAGAAGGAAAUCAUCAGCCAUGUUUCUGGAAUCUACCACCAGAAGUUGUAUCUGAUGAAGUUCCAGAAACUACCUCUACGAGAGAUGCAACAGGUGAAGGAAAUCAGAGAUGUGGCUGCUUUGUUUGAACAACAGAAUGGAUAUGGAGAGGCUCAGGUUGUGUAUCUGGAGAAAGAGAUUUACGAUGAAAUCUUGGUACAAAACUUUGAAUCAGCCGUCAAGACGGUUAAGAAACUUCAGGAUCAAAUGAACAUCAGAAGGUAUGAAAGACCUUCUACCUCAGCUCCGUCUAGUGUUCAACCUGUGGACACAUCGGCUGCUCAACAUCAGCUCGGUUCUGUGAAGGGCGACUACCAGGAGGUGAAUAUGGAGGUUGAUGAGGAUUCAGAAGACUCCUGCCUGACUGUUUCCAAAAGCAGCGUGGACAAAGCUGAAAUCUUUUCAAACAAAACGUUUGUACCUUUUCAAAUAGCUGCCAUUUCCCAAAAAGAGGGGACAUGCAAAACUGCACCAGCUUCAUGUUUUAAUGAAACCACGCCAAAGACUUCCAUGCCAGCCAAAUCAACAGCAGCCAGCUCCAUAUCCACCAUGGGAGAAACUGCCAAUGGACGUAGAGCAACUCUCUCCAUCUCUACUGCCACCACCUCUGAACCAGCAGCAACCACCACCACCUCAACUGCAUCCAUCUCAAGUACGAUGUCAACAACUAAAUCUGCAACAUUGCCCAAACCUCUGGAAAAUAUUACUGGAGCUGCAGCCAGUGUUACAGCUAAGACUUCAUAUAAAGCUGCCACAGCUUCUAACAAAGAGUCCAUGGUAGUGCAUGAAGCCGCCUCCAAAACUGCACCUGCUUCCAAAAAGGAAAACGCCUCCAGAAACUCUGAAAAUGUCUCUACAGCUUUCUUCCCAUCUCAAACCCAUCCCGUAACAUCUGUAGCCAAUAUUAAAAUGGCAGUGAAAUGUGAUAAUACUGAAACCUCUGUAAAGGCUGCAACUAUGAAGAAUUCAGUGGCUUCAACAGCUGAUGUUGCACCAAAUGUUCAAAAGAGUAAAGCGCCAAAAGCUCCUAAACUGAGCAGGCACACAAAUCCAACCACAGAGCCAUCAAUUAACUCCACAACUCCUAAAGUUGGAAUUCAGAAAGCUUUAUUAAGAACAAGGGACGUGCAUGUCUCCUCACCCUCAAAACACACUGCAGAAGUUUUAAGACAGAACGUUACCUACACCAGUCCAGCCUCAAGACAAGAUGACGGUAUUUGCAUGCCGCAAAAUGAAGGUCUUUCUCCUGUUAACCAAUCGGAGCAGAUCAAGAAUCAGCUCCAGACACGAUUGGUCCAGAUUCCAGCAGUCAAUAUAGGGAAACAUCAGCCUCCUCUUGCCACUGGCGCUGCAGGCAGAUUCACCGACAGCCCAGAUACAUGCCAAGAGACCCGCAACACUAAACAGCAGCAGGCGAGAAGAGAUCCAGAGUUAGAGGACUCGAGCAGGGAACAGCAGAACCAACCAAGAUCCAGCCAGAGGGCAGAACAUGUGUCGACACACUCGCAAGCACUCGCAAUGUUUUUAACAGGGGAAAGCAGUCAUUUGUCCACCUACUUGAAGAUACAGGGAACUGAGCGUGGUGGAUCAAUCAUAGGUCUGGGCUUUGUGUGGGAGUUUCAGGGGAUUUCUGUGAGCCCGUUUUACCUGUGUGAGAGCUGCAAGGAAAUUAUCAUCCACUAUAAGAUCUGUGAACACAUGAGGAGCUAUGAUCACCAGUUACAAUACAUUUGGAUGCAGCACCCAGACCUUCUACACUUCUGGGAUCUUGAUUUUAUUCUUGAAGAGAUGAAACAGGAAAUCGUAGAGGGCAUCGCCAUGAUGCUCUCUAAACGGGAGCCUCACUACAAGGUGGAUGCACAGUGCAUACUGCUGAGACCGAGGGCGUUUGAACAUGUUAAGAGUCUUUCGUUCAGUGAAGCUUUAAAACUGGUUGAAGACCUCAAGAAAAAUCCUAAACUGGACUGGAAAACCAGCUUUACUGCACAACAAAAGAAAACAAGACAAGAAAUAGAGGAAUAUCAUUCCGAAAACACUGUUGGAUAUUUGGAUGUGGUCCAACAAAGAAGAGUCUUGAGUCCUCUGAAUGUGAAAAGCAGUUCCCCGAAUGCUGAUUUUCUUGUCCCUCCCGUCUCAUCUCUUAGUCCCCAAGUAAAGCCAGUACCCCCAGACUUUCAGCAACAGAUGCCCAUCACAGAAUAUCAAGUAAAAGAGGCUGAGGUGCAUCUAGAAUCCCAAUGUUCCGCUAUUGUUGGUCCUAAAACCAGUCAAACCCUGUCACUGUCUCCCACAGAUAAAUGCCCUCCAACUAGAAAAAGACCAGCUGAUGAACCAACUCUGGACAGAUAUAGCACAAGUAACCCCCAACUCGAGGAUCCUUUGCCAGAAUAUUACAAACCAACAUGCAGUCAGCCCAGCUCAGAAUCAGCCUCUGAGUCCUCUUUAGUCAACCCUGUUGCAACCCCCCCCCUUCAGUCUCCAUUGGACCAGGACGCAGGACCUGAAUCUUAUGAACUCGACGAACUCGCCGAGUACACGAUGCAUUUUGAUCGCCUUUUGGCUCUGGUGAGAAAGACUAAGUUAAAUGUUUCCCCUGGCAAAUCACCUCCUUCGAAUAAUGAGAAUGCAACCUCCUGCACUUACGAUUCAUCUCAAAGGGUUGUGAAAAGCAGUUGGGAUCAAAAGCAUGUGCAGAUAAUAUCUAACAUGCCCCCAAAAGAAACAACAGGGGAUUUAAAGCAUGUUAAUGUGACACAAGAUCCAGCCGCCGCCUACUCAUUUGAGGAGAUGUCUCUAACGUCUGCAGCUCCUGUGGGCCAUGAGAAGCAACUCGUCGCCCCUCAUGCAAACUGGGCUCUCUCCGCAAACAACUCAUCUAUUAUGGGCUUGACUUCAACGAGAGGCAACCUUUUAGGGACUGAAGCCCAAACAGUCAGUACAGUGUUAGCUUUUGCCAGCGCUGUGGACCCAAGCGACCCACAACACCAGAUAAAUGUCAAAGAUCAGAGAAACCCUAGUCUCUUCUGUGAAUUCCCCAACGAUAACCCAGAGACUGUCAGACCCAACCAACUGCCCAUUAACACUAUCAUAACUGCCAGGCCAAACGAUCUGUUUAUGAGCGGCUAUAACCGAGAGGCGCUCACUGAGAUGAACCAGACCCGGACUGCUCACACGCUAGAUGCAGCUGCACCAAUGCGCCCCAGCAAAGCUUCUGCAGGCCUAUAUGUCUUGAACGGACAGCAAGUGUUUAUUUCUCCUGACGCUGUUGGAAGUUACACAACACCAGACCACAUUCCUGCAUACGCAACAAGUGGGGUCUUCCCAAAGCAGGAAGCAGGGUGCUUCAGUAUGCAAUCAUUUGGACACAUGUCAACAAGUCCUCUGCCCCCAGACUGGGUGAUGCUGGGACGGCAGCAGCAGUGGCUCUUGCAGCAGCAGCAGCAGCAGCAGCAGCAGCAGCAGCAGCAGCAGCAGCAGCAGCAGCAGCAGCAGCAGCAGCAGCAGCAGCAGCAGCAGCAGCAGUACUCCUCAUGGACGAUGGCUGCAGCUCCAGCCAACUAUAGGAUUGAUCAAACACAGAGUUCUUCUCAGGUUUACAUGCAACCUCCAUUCAAUCACUAUCCUUCUGCAGCCGAUAAUGGAAUCGUAUCCCAGGGAUCAGCUAACUCAUUUAUGGCCACUGGCACAGGGUUAUUUACUCCAGGUCCCCAUAUGACCGAUAACCCUCCUCAAUGAGGACUACCUGUUAAACCAUGUAAAUGCAAGGUAUUUUUGCAGUACACCCGUUAAAUACUGCUGAUUGUAUUAGAUCUUUUUGUGAACACAAGGAAGUUUAGAUACAUGGCCUAAAAAUCCCCAGUCUGAUCUCUUUGUUACAUUUCAAAUAAGGUGUAAAUUGUUCAUUGCCAUCUUGUUUUUUGAUAUAUUUGUGUGUUUGGCAACAGGUUCAAUAAACUGCCAGUUCAUUUAAAACCUUUGCUUGCUUAAUAUGAAGGAUACGUUUGUAAACAUUUUCAGACAGGAUAUUAAGCUACUGUAGAUAUUUUUUGUUUUUACAUUUUCAGCAGUGUACUUUGAUUUAUAAUGUUUGUUUUAAUAAAAUUCCUUUAAAUGCAGACUUUCUGUUGAACGUGAAAUAUUUGUUUAUUUAAAAAAAUGUGAAGAUGGGGAUAGUGAAAAACUGUCGCUCCAAAAACAAGGAUUUGGUUAAUAUGAAUGAUAUUGGAUUCAUUGUAAACUUCUGUCCAUCAAAUGUUGUGCCCGAGUCUAUACCACAUCUAAAGUUACAGAUUGAAUUGGUUAUGAAGUCUCACAAUUG